AUGUCUGGUAAAGGAGAAGAGGAGAUAACUAUUAUGGCAAUUGAUAAAAAUUUUUGGAUAGGAAAGACAUCGGUUAAAGUUUCGGACUUAGAGAAAUCUCAUAAUGAUAUAGUAACAUUGGAAGAUAGUGUAAAUAGAGCUUUAAGACAUAUUAAAAGAGAGGUCAAUCAGAAUACUGAAGCUAUCAACAAAGCAUCUGAAGAUGCCAAUCGCAAUUUUAUCUCCCUAAACCUAAAUAUUACUGAAUUAAAUGGCCGAGUUUCAGCUCUUGAAGACGGAGUUGGUAAAAAUGAGCAAAAUUCUGAAUUAGACCUAAACGAAAACGGAUCAUCCAAUAACCGGCCUCCUAGGAUUUCAGGUGUUCAAACAGCAGGUAAGAACAGAGUUAUGACCAGAAAAGAGAAUAUUGACGAUGAAAGCGAAGAAUUUAAUUUUACCAUAAAUAUGCUUACCUCCAACGCUGGAAUUGAGAUUUUUGGAGAAGAAUCCGUCUAUGCUUUCGACAAGUGGGCUGAAAGAUUCAAAGAUUAUCUAAUAGUUGCAGGCAGGAACUGGACAGAACAAGAAAAGGUUGCAAGACUCCGAUUGGCACUGGGAGACACACCAAGGGAUUUACAGAGAGCUCACAGCAGAUCAAAUGGCUAACGUAUGUACUGCACUAACAGCCUUAAGAAGUAAGUUGGACUCGCC